AUGAACGCGAUUUACCUCCUGCUCUUCAUGCUCACGCUCAAACUUGUGGUAACCAUACAUACAAGAACCAAGCCCAACUUCCUAAACAGCACCUACCAACUGAACAAAUGCAACACACUCCACCUAAGAAAAACCUGCGGGAAAAUCAAGCCAAGAAACAACAAGCUAUUCGUGUCCCUAUUUGACGAAUAUGAUGAAAAGUGCAUAAGGGCACUCAUUAUGGCCAGAGAAGUGGCCAAAAAUCACAACGAAAAGGAAAUCCUAUUAAAGCACCUCCUAAUUGCCAUCAUCAGAAUUGACUCCAACUUGGUAAAACAUAUUUUAAACUUUUUCAAUAUAUCCCUAACGACCUUUCUAGACAAGCUAAAUAAGGAAAUGAAUAAAAAGGAGGGGGAGACAAGUAAUGACACCAACCAGGACAAACAAAAUAACCCCCCAGGAGACUUACCUCAACAAUGGGAGAAUGCAAUUGAGGGGACACCAACAGAUCAGCAUCCCCCCUCUUACAACAACACAAAGGAUAUUGCACAUGGCGAAAAAGAUUAUCAAUCGAACGAAGACCCAAAUGGAGAACACAAACUGAUGAGUAACUUCAUCAACAAACACAUUCAAGACAUAGAAGACAAAAUUAAUCAACUGAAAAACCUCGACAAUGGACAGAGUGACAUUUCGACCGAGGUUGAUGAUGUGGAUAGCUCAGUGGAGGGGACAGACGACAGGGAUGAAGCAGCUAGGAAACUCAUUCGUGACGCUGCGAAACGCGUUUUAGGAGCUCACGCAGGAGAUCUGGAGGAUCCCCCCGAUGGACCGCCCCUGCUAGAUCAGGCAACCCCAGGCGAGCUGCCCGACGAGUUUUCCAGCGAUGUGUCCAAGGAGUUGUCUAAGGAGUUGUCGAAAGAAUUUUCAAACGAGUGGUCAAAGGAGAUGCCAAACGAGGUACCGGACGAAAAGGGAGACAUCAAAUUUUCUGAAAACUGCAAACGGGUGCUUCACAACGCGGUGCUAGAAGCAAGGAGGAAAAAAAAAAUGUUCGUCAACGUCACUGACAUACUAAUCGCCCUCAUCAACAUGGCACAGGAAGAUGAAAACUGCGAGUUUUUAAAAUAUCUGAACGAGCUCAACAUAAGCGUUAACGAUUUGAACAAGGAACUAACUAGAUACGACGAGCAAAAUUCCUUAGCACCCCCUACGGGAAAGCCAGGCCGUAACUUCCAGCGAGAUGAUGAUCAAAAUGCUAACCAUGCAGAUAAACGUGAAGGAAAUGGAUCUCCCAUUGAAACGAUAGAUAAUAGGGAUGACGAUCAGCGAAUGCGGAAUGUAAACAAUGAAAACACCAAUCACCACUUUAUGAACAACCUAAACAAUGAUUACCUACACCAAACGAGGGAAUUCAAAAACUAUGAAGAAAAUAAUUUCCCAUCCAAUAGCAAAAUUUUUAACUCCUCAUAUGUGAAAGAUUGUCUAACCGAUAUGGUUCAAGCAGCGUAUGAAAAAGGACAUGAACAUUUCUUUGGAAGAAAAAAAGAAAUAAAAAGAAUAAUAGAAAUAUUAGGAAGAAGAAAAAAAUCAAACCCAUUACUGAUUGGAGAAAGUGGAGUCGGAAAAACAGCUAUCGUAGAACAUUUGUCUUAUUUAAUAUUAAAAGAUAAAGUACCAUAUCAUUUGCGCAAUUGUCGAAUUUACCAACUCAAUGUAGGGAAUAUUGUUGCUGGGACAAAGUACAGAGGGGAGUUUGAAGAAAAAAUGAAACACCUCUUAAAUAAUAUGAACAAGAAAAAAAAAAAUAUUCUUUUUAUUGACGAAAUUCAUGUUAUUGUGGGUGCAGGUAGUGGGGAGGGAUCGUUAGACGCUUCCAAUUUGUUGAAGCCAUUCCUUUCCUCAGACAAUUUACAAUGCAUUGGCACCACGACAUUUCAAGAGUAUACGAAAUAUAUCGAAUCGGAUAAAGCUUUGAGGAGACGAUUUAACUGCGUCCCUGUCAAGUCAUUCACCUCAAAGGAAACUCUCCUCCUACUGAAGAAAAUUAAAUACAAUUAUGAAAAGUAUCACAAUAUUUAUUACACAAAUGAUGCCCUCAAAUCGAUCGUUACGCUCACGGAGGAUUAUCUGCCCACUGCAAAUUUCCCAGACAAGGCCAUAGACAUCUUGGACGAGGCUGGCGCGUACCAGAAGAUCAGGUACGAAAUGUUCAUGCGCCAGAGGCUGCGCGAUGAACGUGCCGCCAAGGCGAAUGCAGAGCAGGCCAUUACCCAGGAGGUGAACGGCACGCAGGUGAAUACCGAGCAGCAGAUAAACGAGCAACAGGUGAACGACACGCAACUGAGUAGCGACGAGCUUCCACCCGAGACGGUACCCACUCCUGACGCCCAACCCACAGUCACCGACCAAAACAGAAAUGUCGAAGCACAAAAUUACCUCCACAACAUGCACAUGAAGUACGUCACUUCAGACGUUAUAGAAAAUAUUGUCAGCAAAAAAGCUUCCAUAUCAUACAUAAAAAAAAAUAAAAAGGAGGAAGAAAAAAUUAUAAAACUCAAAGAAAAAUUAAACAAAAUUAUAAUCGGACAAGAAAAAGUAAUCGAUAUAUUAUCCAGGUAUCUCUUCAAAGCUAUAACAAAUAUUAAGGAUCCUAAUAAACCUAUUGGCACCUUGCUACUCUGUGGGUCAUCUGGGGUUGGAAAGACGCUCUGCGCCCAAGUCAUAUCCAAAUAUUUAUUCAAUGAAGACAACCUAAUCGUAAUAAACAUGAGUGAAUACAUAGACAAACAUUCAGUGAGCAAACUGUUCGGAAGCUACCCAGGGUAUGUAGGUUAUAAAGAAGGAGGAGAACUAACCGAAAGUGUAAAGAAAAAACCAUUCUCAAUUAUACUCUUUGAUGAAAUUGAAAAGGCACAUAGUGAAGUGUUACAUGUUCUGUUGCAAAUAUUGGACAAUGGAGUUCUAACAGAUUCGAAGGGAAAUAAAGUGUCUUUCAAAAAUACCUUUAUCUUCAUGACAACCAAUGUAGGGUCAGACAUUAUCACAGAUUAUUUCAAACUCUAUAAUAAAAAUUACUCAAAUCUAGGCUUCAGAUAUUACGUUGGUAAGAAGAAAAAUAGCGAGGACAUAGAUACAGCUUCCCUGCCCAACAGUCAAGUCCCUGCACAAGUUAACACUGCAGAUAAUUCAGUCGUAGCGGACGAAGCAGGAGUAAGCAAAAACAAUGAGGCAGACAUGCAGAUAAGCCAAAAAAAUGACCAACACGUGGAGAACGCCCCUACCCAUAAACCAAACAGCUACGAAAUAUUUGAAGAAAAAUUACGAACCAAUAAAUGGUAUGAAGAGUUACAACCAGAAAUAGAAGAAGAACUGAAGAAAAAAUUUCUUCCAGAAUUCCUAAACAGGAUUGACGAGAAAAUUAUUUUCCGACAAUUUCUCAAAAGAGAUGUUGUUAAUAUUUUCCAAAAUAUGAUUGAAGAUUUGAAAAAAAGAAUUAAAAAAAGAAAAAACUUAAAUUUAAUUAUCGAACCAGAUGUUAUUAAAUAUAUUUGUAGUGACGAAAAUAAUAUUUAUGACAUGAAUUUUGGUGCCAGAUCUAUUAGAAGGGCACUCUAUAAGUACGUCGAGGAUCCCAUUGCUUCCUUUUUAAUCUCUAAUUUUUAUGAACCCAACGAUUCUAUUCAUGUUUCUCUGUCCAGCGAUAACAACAUUAAUGUGCAGUUGUUGAAAGCGUCCGUACACCAGCUUGUGUUGUAA